GAUGUUGUGUACAUUCUCAGUGUUCUCCUGUACGUGCAUAUUGAACAGAAAGGAGUGAAAUGUGAUUCGGUGUGGCCUGGAAAGUGAAGAAAUUCCUGGGCGCCGAACUCCUCCUGUCACACUCAUAUCAAUGAAUCGCAGACAGUCUUUGGAUAAAUCAGGAAUUCUGUCUCCGCCUGGUUCAUUUGUAGCGCCCAGCCCAUCCCCAUCGGUUCCGGCCAGUCCGAGGCUGCAGCCAUCGCCGUCGCAGUCGCCCUUCGCCCAGGAUGUGCUGCUGGUGACUAACAACACGGUGGUGACUCAGGAGCCAGAUCACAAGACAACGAUCCCAACGAGGCGGCCGUCCUUCCAUCAGGUGGCAAACAGCCCAAAUGCCGGCACGGUGCUCUUUCGGCCGAGUCCCACGCAAUCGCCGGCGGGGGCGAGUACGUUCAUCACGGGCGCGAGCACCGAGCUCAAUGCCACCCUCGUGGGAUCCAACAACAUCGCUCUGAAUAAGAAGCUCGGGAAGAAGACACCCCAGCCUCAUGGCGGCCAUGGAAUGCCCACGACGGCCAGCAGCCCCAAGGCGUCCAAAAAAGCCAUGUCGUUGACAAACAGUCCCAUAACCAGCCCGAGUCCCAUCGCGAGUCCCACGUCAAACACGGCUCUGCGUCCACCGACGCCACAGCCAAUUAUUCAGCAGAUUCCGGUGAUGAGCAGCGGCAAUCAGUUGUUGCAGAUCAUCCAGGGACCCCAAAUAAUAGCGCCUCAGCGACAGGCUCACAUCAUCACGUCGGCACAGGCUAUCGCGCCGCAGCAGGCCCAGCAGCCGGGCCAGUUUGUGAGUCAGCAGCACAUCAAGAACAACAAGGCGCCACAGCAGAUCCUGCCAAAGCCCACGACCACAGUUCUCCAGGUGACUGGGAAGAACACGACGACUGUGGCAAAGGGUGCGCUGCAAAUUGGGCAGCAGUCGCACCAGGCGCCGUCGCAGGCUCAGCUUCAGACGCAGCUCGUACAGUCGCAGGCGCCCCAGGUUGUCCAGCAGGCGCAACAACCCGCCCCACCGCAUCAAGUGAUCUCGGCGGCUGCUCAGACAACGGCCACUGCCAAUGCCACGCAGGGCAACAUCAUCCUGCCUACGGGGAGUCUCAACACCCAGCCGCUGCUUGUGAAUCAGAUGCCGGUGAUUGUGCAGCAGAACACGCCCCAGGGUGUGCAGUUCAUCCUGCGUCCGUCAGCGCCGCAGAUAACGGCACCUGGGCUCGUGAUUCACAACACCAGACCUCAACUGCCGCCUCCACAGCCGCAGCAAUUGCUCCGGAUUGUCAAUGCCAAUGGAUCCAUGCAGCUGGCGGCCGCCACGCCGACAUUCAUCGUGUCGUCGCAGGCGAAUCUGAUUCAGCAGAAUCUGCAGGGAAUCAAGGCGAACACGGCCACGCCACUGACGCAGAUUAGUGGUCUGCAGGCUCAGCGGCAGCCGCAGCAAAUCGCGGCGGCAAUUAAUCAACACCUGAUCGGGCAGAGUGUGGCCCAGAUCCAGAAUCUGCAGCUGAACGGCAAUCUCACGCACAUCCAGAUGCCAAAUGGACUCAAUGGGCAGUUCAUUUCGCAGUUGCCGUCGCAGUUUCAGCAGAGUCUUACCGGUUUCAAUCAGCUCAAUCAGAACAUAAGUUUGAAUCAAAUUAGUAGUACGAACUUGUCUCAGAUCGCUGCCGCGGCGGCUGCAUCGCAGAACAUGGCCACAUUUCAGUCUCCACCGCCGCCACAACAGCCUCACGGUGGGGAUUUGGUCGUGUCGCAGAUGCAGUUCACGACGCAGCAGCAGAACACAAUCACGGUGUCGCAGGCACAGCAACUGGCGCAGCAGCAAAUACCACCGAUCCCAAUAUCGCCCAUCAUGUCGCCACAGAAUCCGACCAUUCUUCAGUCCGUCACGCCAGAGCCCGUGAGGAAUCCGACUCCUGUGAAGCACACGAGUCAGGGGAAUACUCCGCAGCUGCUGCUGGACAAGGGCGAAAUCAAGUGUGAAAAUGCACAGGGGAAGAGUGAAAAUGCAUCCGCCAAGCUAGUUUCCAUGCCUCCGAGUAAGCCGAAGAAGGCGAAGAAGUCCAAGAAGAAGAGCUCGUCCAGCUCAGACUCGGGAGCAAUAAUGAGCACGGGAAAGUUGGACUUGGCGAAUGUUAUGAAGUUGUGCGGCAUCAUGGAUGACGAUGAUCUGAUGGAUGGUGAGAUGGAGAUGCCCAUGAUGACGGAUUCGCUGGAGGUGAAGGACACGUCGCCGCUGAGCCAACAAGAACCCAGUGUAGCGUCCAGUGCGGGGGAUAUAAUGAUAACAAUACCCUUUUCGGGUCAAAACACAGACAUUCCAUUCAGUUUUACAAUUCCAAAUAGCGUAGAGAAUAGCGAUGUGCAGCAAACGAAGAGCACGGCGAUCGCCAAGGUAGCGCCAGAGGUGAAGAGUGAUCCUGUGGGUGGGAUUCAGACUGUGCAAACUAGUUCAGCGCCUGGCAGUGGAACACCCUUCAUGAUCACAAUUGACUCAACUGAGGGCAACAUGGGACAGCCCUACACCAUCUCAAUUCCUCACAUUCCAUCCGAUAGUGGUGAAAAGAGUGGCGUAAUUGUGUCUGGCUCUGCGAUGGCGAACGACGCCGGCAACUCUGUUGGGAUCUCUCUGCCGCAGACGUCAAUGUGUGUCCCCACAUUUGUAAAUACUGUGCUCAGCAGUACUGUCACGCCGACACUUCAGAGCCAAAUCAAUGAGAUUCAGAAUCAACUGAUGGGCGUUGUGACGCCAACAACGAGCGCACCAUCGACUAUCGUGACUUCGAGUAUAACCAGUGUGACCAACACGUCGACGGUUGUUACGAAAUCCACCCCAACAACACCGACAUCCUCCACCGCGACCACACCGACUGGGAUUGUGCUGAAGAAGAAGAGUGCCAAGAAGAGCAGCAAGAAGCUGGAGAAGGCGGUGAAGAAUCUCGUUGGGGUGGUUCCAGGCCAAAUAGGAAAUAUUCAGAUAUCACAAGUGGAUGGAUCGAAAACGUCGCCGGUAUCGUCGAAGAAUGUAAUUGAUAAUCAAAUUCAAAUAACCCCAAUCAUGGAGACAACGAAGGCAUCACUGCAGCAGCACAUAACUUCUGUGGCACCUCAGCAGCAACUCCUGGUCACAGCCAGUCAGCAAGUUGUUGGAAUGCCAAAUAUUGUGACGACAGUGAGUUCUGGCGGGGCAUCGAAUGUUGUUCAACAACCGCAAAUACUUCAACAUCAAAUAGCAACGGCGCCACCCAUUCAAUCGGUUGCGACGCCCGGUGUGGUUAAUUUGCAGCCAAAUAUUGUUCAGCCGAAUGUGCAAAUCAAUCUGCCCAACAAUUUGCAGCCACAGAUUGCGACGCAACCCAUUAUGCCACAACUCACGGGCGCUCUGAGUCUCUCUCUGGCGGAAGAUGGUCGACUGUUGCUUCGUCACGAUGCUAAUGCACCACAAGAUGCUCAGUCUCAAGUGAUUCUCCAGACUAUCCUCAGUGGCGCUUUGGGCAAUGUGACACUGAUCACAGAACCACCAACUGUGGAGAAACAACAGCCGCAACCUGUUCAGCAGCAGCCACAGCAAUCACCGGCUCAGCCUCAACCGAAGAUCUUUGCAAACAAUAUCAUUGCGCCACAGAAGACCUUGUCAGCGCCAAACAUUGUCACUACGCCACAGGGAAAGAGCAUUGUGAUCCCAGCGGCGAGUCCACAGACGAGUACAGCUCAAUUCAUCCCACAAUCAACAGCCUCAGUGGCGACAACAAUCACGGGAAGCCCACAGAUUUCCAGUAACAUUCUCGGGACAUCACAGGGUCAGAUAUUGCAUCAACAAUCGCCUGUGGUGACACAGAAUGCAAUAUUUCCCACGUCUGUGAGUCAGCAGCCUCAGAAUGUUCAGGCGUCAACGGCGCCAACUGUGAUCCAGCCAAUGGAGACGCAGACGCUGAAGAAUGUGCGGAAGAUCCAGACUUCGAGUCAGUUGCAGACAUCAACGGCGACCAUUUCACCACAACCCACGACAGUUUUGAUGAACGCCAACUUGCCGAAGUUCGUGGAAUUGCCAAAGAUCGGACCGAAUCAACAGUUGUUCUCGCUCAACACCAUCACCAAUCAGAUAACCCAGAUAAAUCCGGGAUUGACGACAGCUUCGCUGGGUCCGAUGGAGAGACUGUUGAUUGUCCCGGCGGGAAUCAAUGCUCAGCAACUGGCGCAGUGUUUGCUGCAGGGACAGAUUCACUUCAACAAUAUCGGACAGGUGAACCAGGCGCAAGAGCGCAGUGAGCAGAGCCAGACAAAUCAGGGGCAUCCGGUCAGCGGUCAGAAACCUGUGGCUAUCGUGGGUCAAUCAGCUGGUGGCAAUUUGCAGGCCGUGGGAAAUGCCGCAACGCCCGUGAGCAACCAUCAGACUUUGCACCUGCAUCAGUCGCUCCAGCCGGGCAAAGAUCAGGUGAAAGUGUCAGGUGUGGUGAAGAUCAGUGAGAAUAAGUUAAAGAAGGCGAGUAAAGUGAAGAAGCUAAAGCCACUGAGUGAGGCCAAAGUGAUAAAGAUGGCACCGGGCAAGAGUGUUGUUGUGCUGGAGAAUCGAACGCUGCAGAAGUGCAAUCACUUCAAUGAUGGCUCAACGAAGUCGCAGGGACGCAUUCUACUGCAUCCCUCCACGCCAAAUGCCGUGGUGACGACAACGAGUCCCUUGACCACGAGUCUGGGAAGUGCCAAUGUUCAGAUGAACACAACUGCGAGCUGCUCCUUGCCGACAACAUCUGUCCACGUGCCAAAUACCGCCAUAGUGCGUCCGAGCAUAAUCUCGAAUAAUGCCAGACACCAUGCGUCCUCAACAAACACCCACUCUCAUCCCAUAAUCACGCCGACCAUCAAUCAACAACCAGUGCAGCCAGUGAUUCCGUCACCCAGUCAAGAUCAGCAUUCCCAUCAUCAGACCAUUCUGCACCCGAAGGUUCCCUUGCAAUCUCUGUCGCAGACGAACAGCAAAUCAAUAGCAACACCUAGCGGGCAACUUCCGCCACUGGUGAGUGUCAACACGACUCUGCCACGCGUGCAGACAAUCCAGUUGACGCCGCAGAAGCAGCAAAUGCUGAAGGAUGUGCAAAUGAAGAUUCAGACACUGUCGGGCAAGCUGCAGAACAAGACACUCUUGUCCACACUCACCAUCCCCAUUGACUAUGAUGCCUCGAAUUCGCUGCACAAUCAACCAUUGCCAACACUCACGAAUCUCCACACGAUGAGCGACGCCGAAAUCCACUCAGCGCUCCAGCGUUUAUUCCUGGAGCAGCAAAAGAUUCUGGCAACGGGCAAAAUUAUUCCCACCAUCCCGACAUCACACUCUUUUCCCAGCAUGCCUCAACCAGUGCCCACGACACAGAUUCAAGUGGCUGUUGCUCUGCCCAAGCAAUCAACUUCCGGCGCUUUCCUGCCUUCGCACAUUGAGCUCACGCCUUCGCUGUCCAUCAAGCAGGACGUCAUACCGUCGCCCUCAAUUGCAUCCAUCAACGCAACAGUGUCUGUAGCACCCGCAAGCAAUAUCCUGACGAUGACUUCCAGCAAGGCCACCCUUGGAGCGUCAGCCAAUCAACAGUUGAACGCCCAUCAGGAGGGUGUCAGUGUGCCACAGAUGAGCCCGAAAAUGAAGAUUCCCAGACAAUGUUUAUUCGAGAGACAAUUGGCGGUGGAUCAGGAGGGUUGUACGAAUCCGGAUACAAAAACGCCAUUUAACAACAAAGAGGAUGCCAUAAAGCGUUUAAUACGGUACCAUUGCACAUAUGGCGAUGGUGAGAGUGAGGAGGACGUGGCGAGUGAUGUGGAGGCGUUCGAGAGGACAGCAAAUGGUUUUCAAGAUCAAUUCAAUGGCAUGAUUAAUAAGUAUCAGCUUCUCCUCAUGAAAGAGUCAAUGCAUCAUGUGCAAACGUCGGAAUUGAUGAUGAUUGAUCGGCUUCUGCUGUCGGACAUACAGAAGGAUAUACUGGACAUGCAGAUGAAUAUAUCAAAUGACCUGAAUGCACCGGCAUCGGUGAAGUCAUCUGAUGAAGGUGAAAUGGUGCCGUAUAAUGUGGAAGUGAAGAGUGAAGUGAAGAAGGAAAUUGUGAUCCCAGCGACGAGGAGUACUCCUGAUGUAUCUGCAGCUGUUCUGCCCGCUUCGGUGACUCAGAAUCAACCGCUGUGCAAACAAGCCACGUCAAUCCCGAGUGAUGUGAAGCAUGUGUCUGUUGUUCACUAUGGAUAUGGUGCUGCUGCAAGUGGUGCAAAUCAGUUGAAUGUGAAGAAUUCCAGUGAAAUGAAGAAGGAGCUUGAGCAAUUUGACAUUGAAUCUGAGAUAACACCGAGUUUUAUCAUGAAGAAGUGCGAAAGUGCUAAUCCAAGAACGAACACAGAUCUCGAGGAGGAGAGUUAUCAUUUCGGUUUGGAGUACUACAAUCAACAGGAUUCCAAGGAGCCACCAGUGGCGGAUGAGGACUCAAAACCCGAGCCGUACGAUGAGUGGUUGUGCAUACAGAAGGAGUUGGGCUACAUCAGCGAGAGCAACAAGAGGAGUGAGAUGAAAUUGAGUGAGAUGUCGCCUAGUGAAUCUUCGCUGGACCACAACAAGUCCGUGGAGAAGCAAUUGUCCGAGAUAUUUGAUCAUCACAGUCCGAAGAGUGUGGAGCAUCAGCUGAAUGAUCUCUUCAAUCCACCCUCGACGUCCGCGAAGAGCAACACGGAGAGCAUAGUAACGUCGAAUUCACCUCUAUCGGAGUUCUUCAGUGCAGACUCAAUUGUGGGCAAUGCGCACUCGGAUAAAUCCGUGGAGACUCGCUUGGAGGCGAUGUUUGGCGAGGCGCCGGAAGAUGACAAGACGGAUCUCGUGGAGACACGUCUGGAGGCACUCUUCCAAGGGGCCACGCACGAUGCUUCAGCUUCUUUUGCGAACAAUCUCCAUCAGGGAUUGAUGCAGUCAAACAUGAGCAAGCGUCAGUGGAACAACAACGGUGAGAUACUAAUCUCACCCACAAGUGGCAAUGAUUCUGGGGAGAAUGUCAUCUUCUCCAAGAGAUCCUACAUGGGAGGAGCGACUGAGAACUUUGUGGAUGCCACAGGACACAUGGGUAACAACAAUCGCUGGAUAAAUGAGUAUCCCAAUGCGCACGCCAUGGAGCACCAGCCGCAGAGUCAGCAGUAUGACUUCAUAGGCGACACGAUGGACUGUGUUUUGGCAGAUGCGACGCAACAUCAUGGCGAUGGGUCGGAGAUGAACAAGCGCUUGUGGAAUGGUGAUCUGUUGGCGCACAACGAGGUUGUGCCUGCGAAGAAGAUGUGCUUCAUCAGCAAGGAUAUGUUGGAGAGGGACUUUCUCGACAUGGGAUCAACUGCGACGCAGCAUCAGGUGUCAGAGCUGAGUAUGCAGCAGCAGAUGAAUCACACGGGCUUUGGGGCCAUGAACACGAUGCAGCUGAGCGGCGGAAGCUUGAGUGGGCAGAACAACAGCUUGAAUGCUGCGACAAACUUCGAUGAGGACAUCAGUCGACAGGUGCAGAAUGCCAUUGACAGUAUCUUGAACCUGCAGAGUUCCGAGGCGGAUUCCUUCCACUUCUCACUGGAUCAGAUGGGAUCAUUUCUCGCUGAUCCCACACUUACGCCCAUGAUCUCGAAUCUUCAACCGACAACGAGCCAAACGUCCACGGCCAGGCCGCCGUCGGUGGCGAAGAGGAAACAACUGCCGGCACCGCAUCUCAAUCACACCAGCCAAAUGCAGCGCCUGGAGGAGAUCAAUGACUGCUUAAUGCACGCUGGCAGCGAGAAUCCCAGCCAUCACGUGAUAAUCGACUCCUCGCCGUCAGGCUCCUCGUCGUCAUCCAGUGGGACUGUGGUGUGAAAACGAAAGAGACGCAACAAAUUUAAUUAUUUAUUUUCAUAUUAUUAAGGAUUAGUUUUAUGCAAAUUGGAGGAUGGCAUGAAAAUUCAUGGCGUGUAAGAAAAUUCACACAGUUAAUAUUUCAAUCAAUGUGGCUGUAGCAAAACAUGGACAUGGAAGAUUGUGUUUCUUUGAAGAUACUUCUUUUCUUUGGUUUAUCUUUUCGUUGUUUCCCCAAAAAAAAACAGAAAAAAAAUCUCAUUUUGACGAUGAUAAUAGAGAAUUCCCUGCAAUUCUGUGCCAAAUAUCGACAAGAAAAGAAUAUUUAGAGAGAGAAAAGAUAGAGUGAGAGUGGAACAGACAGAAAAAUAUCACAGUGCCCAAAGUAACGCCAAGAGUGAAAAGGGUAAAACACUUAACAAUAAAAUAUAUUAAAAAGAAAAAAAACAUGUUAAAUAAACUAACUGAAUAACAUAAGAACCAUAUCCAUGACUGUGUACUCAUUGAAUAAGUGGAACACAAAUUGAUACAGCGUAUUUUUUCGAGGAAAUGUGAGAACUUUGAACCAUUUUUGUAAUAUCAUCCUUUUGAAAUUUUAAACAAAUACUCUCUUGCAACAAAUGUACCUUGAAUAUGUUUUUUUUGCUAAUAUUUCGUACUUACAGUAAAUAUUCUGUGUUUUCACGCUACAAAAUAUUAUAUUCUGCACAGAAUGGUGAUAAAUGAGGCACAUUUAAGUUGCAGACAUAAAUUUUUUUUU